AUGGCCACUCCCCCCAGAGUAAUUGUGGUCGGCGGUGGAUUGUCCGGUCUCAGUGCCGCCCACACCGUCUACCUGAAUGGUGGUAAUGUGCUCGUGCUUGACAAGCAAGCUUUCUUUGGUGGCAACUCCACCAAGGCCACCUCCGGUAUUAACGGUGCUCUCACCCGCACCCAGGUCGACCUGGGUAUCGCCGACAGCGUCAAGACUUUCUACGAAGACACACUCAAGUCCGCUAGAGAUAAGGCUCGUCCUGAGCUGAUCAAGGUUCUCACAUACAAGUCCGCCGCCGCCGUCGAAUGGCUGCAGGAUGUCUUCAACCUCGACCUCACUCUUGUCUCUCGUCUCGGUGGUCACUCCCAACCGAGAACACACCGUGGCCACGAUGCCAAGUUCCCCGGAAUGGCCAUCACAUACGCCCUGAUGCAGCGGUUGGAAGAGCUCUCGCAGGCCGAGCCCGACCGCGUGCAGAUCAUCAAGAAGGCUCGCGUCACAUCCAUUAACAAGAACGGAAACCACGUCAGUGGUGUCACAUACGAAGCGAACGGCGAGACCCAGUCCGCCGACGGUGUGGUCGUUUUGGCCACUGGUGGUUACGCCGCCGACUUUGGUGACGGCUCCCUCCUGAAGCAGCACCGCCCAGACACCUUUGCCUUGUCGAGUACCAAUGGUACUCACGCCACUGGUGAUGGUCAGAAGAUGUUGAUGGAUAUUGGUGCUAACGGCAUUGAUAUGGACAAGGUCCAGGUUCAUCCUACGGGUCUCGUCGACCCCAAGGACCCUGGAGCCAAGUUCAAGUUCCUGGCUGCCGAGGCCCUCCGUGGUGAGGGUGGUCUUCUCCUCAACUCCGAUGGACAGCGAUUCUCCGAUGAGUUGGGUCACCGUGACUACGUCUCGGCUCAGAUGUGGAAGGAGAAGGAGAAGAACAAGUGGCCCAUCCGUCUUAUUCUCAACAGCAAGGCCUCCAACGUCCUUGACUUCCACACCCGCCACUACUCUGGCCGUGGCUUGAUGAAGAAGAUCUCCGGCAAGGAGCUGGCCAAGGAGAUUGGCUGCGGUGAGGCCGCUCUCCAAAAGACCUUUGAUGACUACAACGCCAUCGCUGAGGGCAAGAAGAAGGACCCCUGGAACAAGCGCUUCUUCCACAACCUGCCCUUCAAUGUCGACGACACCUUCCACGUGGCUCUGAUGGAGCCUGUUCUGCACUUCACUAUGGGUGGUAUUGAGAUCAACGAGCACGCUCAGGUUCUCAACUCGGAGCAGAAGCCAUUCGACGGCCUCUACGCUUGUGGUGAGCUUGCAGGUGGUGUCCACGGUGCCAACCGUCUGGGUGGCUCUUCGCUUCUGGGAUGUGUUGUCUACGGACGUGUGGCCGGUGACAGUGCCAGUGAGCAUCUCUUCAAGAAGCUGAUUUCCGGCGGCGCCUCCACUGCCCAGAACCGUCUGGGCCAGAUCUCUCUGCACAUUGACCCCUCAACACCCGGCAAGAUCUCUGUCGAGUGGGGUGGUGCCAGCGGUGCUGGCGGUGCUCAGAUUCCUGCUGGUGCUGCAGCCCCUGUUGCCGCCGCCGCCCAGCCCGCUGGAGCUCCCUCGGCUGCUGCCGCAGAGGCAUCUAAGCCAAAUGACAUCUCCAAGUUUGAGGUCCCUGCCAAGGAGUACUCCAUGGAGGAGAUUGCCAAACACAACAAGAAGGAUGACCUGUGGAUUGCCGUCAAGGGUUGUGUCUUGGACGUGACCAACUGGUUGGAUGAGCACCCCGGUGGAGCCAACGCUCUGUUCAACUUUAUGGGACGUGAUGCAACUGAGGAAUUCGCUAUGCUCCACGACGAUGAAGUCAUUCCCAAGUACGCCGGCCACACUGUCAUCGGCCGUGUCAAGGGCCAGACCCCUGAUCUGGAGUACUAA